AUCGCCGAUUGCCAAACGAUCUCCGCUCACCCUCUGGUAUCAUGCCUCGUCCAACCGAUGCACUUAUAUACUUGACAAUGGAUAAUGCUAAAACUAUCAUCAGCGUUCUGAAAGCAGUGCAAUUCAGAGACGUAACUGACUCCAUAGGGUGUAUAUUUUUGACGACUCAAUUCAGCUGGCCACCAUUUUCGCCACCUCAAAUGGCUUGAAAGUUACUGUGGAAGACGCAAAGUGUAUCCAGGGCAAUGCUUUUCUUCACUCUGACCUAUUUCGCGAGUACCACUUGGGCAGGGACGUGAUUUCAUUCAAAACUAAUGUUAGCGUUGUUAUCGUAAGUCUUUUUUACUGCUAUAGAGUCCCCAUUUUUGACCAGGAUUGUUUGUCCAUUUUUGGGACGUCUAACCAAGCAUCGACAACCUCUCUAAUAUUAACCUACCAGGAUUUUGGAUGUACACUGGAUUUGAUGUAAGCAGUUUCAAAGUAACAUCGAAUCCUUAUAUUCGAUUAAUAGACUUGAGGAGAACGGAGUAGUUGCUGAGUGCAACAUAAAGACAAUGGAGGCAUUUGAAAUUUUGGAUUUUGACUUUUCAAGCAGCACAUCGCCUGACAAAGUCAUAAUCAAGUCGGACUGCAUUCGUGAGGCUUUCAGUGAAUUAGACAUGUCCAGUGAGAUACUCGAGUUGGGUUUGCUUCCCGCUCCAGCCGCGCAGCCUCGACUACGUUUAACAACUUAUGGGUCAUCGGGGACCACUCAUUUUGACCUUCCUCGCUCAUCCGAUCAAGUCGAAGUGUUCGAAGUGCGACCCGGUCAUCCUCGUUUGGCUCGUUAUCGGCUGUCUCUUUUGCGUCCCGCAAUCAAUCGGGCCCUGACACUGGCCACACGGAUCUCCAUACGCAUCAACGAACGCGGUUUUCUGUCAAUGCAACACAUGAUCAAUUUGUUGGAUGGCCAAGUCGCGUUUGUGGAGUUUUUCUGCGUUCCCGAUGAAGACGAUACAGAUAAUCCCCCUGAUGAUGAAUCACCCCAAACCACGAAUCACGUGAACAUGCAGCCUCCAAACGGUAGCUCUUCCCGAAUGUUGCAUAAUCACUAUUCAGCAGACGGUCGACAGCAAGAGCAGAGCGUUUGGGAUCCAGAUUGGAGCGACUGAUUAAUGCGCGGCCUCUCCGCAGACCUUUCCGGUGUCCCUCUCAGAUUCAAGCAUUUUGUACAGCGAUUCGGACCAUGUUUCCCAGAUUCCCACUACUUUUUGAUGAUUGCCUUCACUUCUCACUAACUCUUUUGUGUGGUACUGAGUUUUUUCCCUCAGCGUUCUAAUCAUUCAUACAAACCAUCCUCAUCAUUGUGAC